CUGCACCAUCACCUCUCCUCGCCACUCCGCUCCCACCGCCAUUCCUGGACAACAACAUGGCCGCCGCGUCCGACAAAGCGCGCUUCUACCUCGAGCAGUACGUGCCCGAGCUGAGAGAGUAUGAAGCAAAAGAAAUCUUCACGCGAGAUCAAAUUGCCGCCAUUACCAAGAAGCGAUCCGAUUUCGAACAUACCCUCAACGCCCGUGGCAGCACGCCCGCCGACUAUGCUCGAUAUGCUCAGCAUGAGAUGAACCUGUAUUCCCUGCUCAAAAAGCGCUGUAAACGACUUGGCAUUCAAAAGACCGCCACCACGAAUUUUAAUGGCCAACGGACUGUCUUCUUCAUUCUCGAUCGUGCAGUGAAGAAGUUUCCAGGCGAUGUUGGGCUCUGGAUGCAAUACGUGGAUUUCUGCAAGAAAGAGAAAGCGAACAAGAAGCUGGCAAAGGUUCUUACCAGAAUGCUGAGAUUGCACACGCGCAACUGGAAACUUUGGGUCCUCGCUGCCAAGCACUACGCUGAAGUGCAAGGUGAUAUGGGAACGGCCAGGUCAUAUUUCCAGAGAGGCCUGCGAUUCUGUAAAGAGGAGAAGAGAAUCUGGAUUGAGUACCUGAGGCUUGAGCUCACGUAUUUGGCGAAGUUGGCGGCCAGAAGAAAGAUCUUGGGCAUCGAUGAGGAUAGUCAGAUGACGGGUACGGGCGAGGAGGAGGGCUUGGGAGGAGAUGGUGACGAGGUCAAACUACCUGCAGUGACAGCCGCAGACUUCGAAGACGACGAGGCCGGGAAAGGUGUCGAAGAGGUCAAUACGGAUCUGCUAAAGAGGCUGAAGGAUGCGCCUGCGUUCACGGGUGGGAUACCUAUGGCCAUCUUCGAUGCUGCAAUGAAGCAAUUUGCGGCGAAAGCGGCUGGGAUCGCAGAAGAGAUGUACGACCUGGUCGCAAGCUUUGAACAGGUUCCAGCAAUUGAGAAUGUGCGAGAUCACAUCCUUGAAUGGCUGCGCACAGAUGCAUCGACCUCAGCGGAGCACAUCAUCUGCGAAGCAAAGAACGAACUUCACGGCCUCGAUUCACGCAGCGCCGCCUUUCCAGCUGCUCUUACGCGAGCUCUGGGCCACAUCAAGACUGGCCGAGAGACCCUCGUGGACACUGGACGGCCGAACAUGGCCGAGAAGAUUGCUCUACUUCUUCUCCCAUACUUACAGCAUGCUGGGCAGAUGGAUCGUGGUGUGGUCAAGGUACUGGAGUCGACCGUCAAGAGGAACUUGAAGCUCUCCGCGGAUGCACCCAAUCAGUCUGGCAGACAACAUCCGACUGCUGUCAUCGUCGCAAAGCUGCAAUACGAAGGUGCUUCGCAAGAUAUUCGGACACUCGAGCGACUGGUCGCAGAGAUUCGAGAUGAUUAUGUUGGGGCCUCAAAUUAGUGAACGCGACGAGAUUUUUGUGCGUCUGCUCUGCUGAUCAUCCUUAAGAUACCCCAGAAUGCAAUUGAUCUUAUCAGAAACUGCACUUGCUCUGCU